AGGAAGGAAGGAAAACUAGAGAGAGAAAGACGGACCUAAAACGCGCUAGCCGGUCGUGGUUUAUGUCGUGUGGGAUGGGAACCAACGAACCAUAACCAUAAUCGCAUCACCAAAUCCACAAACCAACUAAACAUUAAAACACUUUCUCAUUUUUUAUGAAAAUGUUUUUUUUCUUGCUUUGAAAUCGUCCUCUCACAAACAUCUUCUAACCAGCACCUGCUCUGGGUCCCCUUCGAUUCUUUCAACGAAAUCUGAUCUGGGUUUUGAUCUUUGUAAGGGGACUCAGCUCUCCAGCGUGCUGGUUUAGGGUUUGUAUUUUGAUUUUGUUGAUUAUAUUUUGGAAUCAUUUUCUUUGUAUUUCGGAAUGUGGAGGGACACUGGAGCACCUGCAGAUUCUUUCUAUGAGGUCCGGCCUGAAUGUGCAGAUGUGCCGAAAACCAAGUUCAAAAUCAAGGCUGGCAAAACUCUAAGUGCACGGAAAUGGCAGGCUGCAUUUACUCCGGAAGGCUAUCUUGAUAUAGGAAAGACACUUAGUCGAAUCUAUCGUGGGGGGAUCCAUCCGUCAAUUAGAGGAGAAGUUUGGGAAUUUCUUCUUGGCUGUUAUGAUCCUAAGAGCACGUUUGAUGAACGAGAGAGGAUACGGCAACGUCGGAGGGCACAGUAUGCUUGGUGGAAAGAAGAGUGCCGCCAAAUGUUUCCCGUCAUUGGAAGUGGUAGGUUCAUCACUGCACCUGUUGUCACAGAGGAAGGUGAACCCAUUCAAGAUCCUUUAGUACGUCUGGAAGCAAAUCCCAACAUGGGACAGACAACAGUUCCUCAAGAAAAUGGCACUUCCAACAAUUUGGAAACUGCUAAAGAUGGUCAGGACAAGGACAAGAAAGUAAUCCAAUGGAAGCUUACUCUGCAUCAAAUAGGGCUCGAUGUGAAUCGCACUGACAGGACAUUAGUGUUUUAUGAGAAGCAAGAAAAUUUGUCAAAACUGUGGGAUAUUCUAGCCGUCUAUGCCUGGGUAGAUAAAGAUGUUGGCUACUGUCAAGGAAUGAGCGAUCUUUGCUCCCCCAUGAUUAUUCUUCUUGAAGAUGAAGCAGACGCAUUUUGGUGCUUCGAACGCUUGAUGCGGAGAUUGCGAGUUAACUUCAGAUGCACCGAACGCUCUGUCGGGGUGGAGGCACAACUUAGUAAUUUAGCUUCAAUUACCCAAGUUAUUGAUCCAAAGCUUCAUCAACAUUUAGAGACGCUAGGUGGAGGUGACUACCUAUUUGCUUUCCGUAUGCUUAUGGUUUUGUUUCGUCGAGAAUUUUCUUUUGGUGACUCAUUGUACCUUUGGGAGAUGAUGUGGGCUCUGGAAUACGACCCAGACUUGUUCUCUAUGUACGAGGAAGCUGACUCAGCUGGUGAAAAAUCUGAAGGAUCAAAAAAAGCAAAAUCAAUACGCCAAUGUGGGAAGUUUGAGAGAGAAAAUAUGAAAAAUGGAGCAAAAAAUGCUGAAUCGCCACUACCCAUUUCGAUUUUCCUUGUUGCCAGUGUCUUGAAAGAUAGAAGCUCCAAGUUACAGACAGAAGCUCGGGGCCUGGAUGAUGUUGUUAAGAUAUUAAAUGACAUAACUGGAAAUCUAGAUGCCAAAAAAGCUUGCACUGGGGCCAUGAAACUUCACAAGAAAUAUUUAAAAAAGGCCAAGAAAUGACUUGUAACUGAAGAUCGGUUCCGGAUGAAGUAAAUAAACUUGGUCAAGGAACAGCGAAACAUUUUCGCGUGCUGUAAAUGGAUGUGGCAAGAUAAAAAAAGAAUAUUCUUCCACGCAAGUGUAGGCUCAGAGCUCAUGCUGUAAAUGCUGCAAUUGUUGUAUGUGAAACUGUUCUUAUUGAUUGUAUAUCCAAGACAUUGCAAGACAUUACACGAGGUUGUAUUGUAUUACCACCUGUUGUUUGUCGAUCUUGGUGAAAUGUAAAGAUAAUUUUUGUUUGUUCAAGGUUUAAUUAACUUUUAUCAAUAAUAGAGUUAUUGUUCUUCUUGUAA